UAAAUUUUUUCGAAUCAUAUACAACAAAGCUAUGAUGAAGGCAAGAUGUAUUGUUUUUGUCUUGAUUUUUAUUGGUGUUUAUUCUAAACCAUUGAAUUCAGUUGGAGCUAUUGUGAUACCGAAUAUUCAAAGUAAAGAGGAAUGUAACAGGAUUAGAAAUACGUAUUUCUACCAAAAUGUUUGUCGCUGUUUACCGAAUCAUAUCGCAGCUUUUAAACCAAAUAAUGCCGUCAUAGCUUGUUUGUUUUCCGUUGGUGAAAAUAAAGACAAUCAAAAUGUGCCUGAAGGUAGUACUGAUGAUAGCUUCAGCCUAUGGCAAAUCUUAGCAAUUUCACUGUCAGUGCUGUUCCUGAUUGUAAUGGUGUUGUCAUUCGUGACUUUUAAAUGGUACAAAAGGAAAGAAAAAGCAACCAAGAGAACACAACCAACAAUAACCAUAGAUGGUACCAACCUUAACGAAUUAGCUCCUGGUGUAUCCAUAAAUUCAGACAUCCGUCUACAAACGAGGAGUCUCCCUGGCUCACCGAUAAAUCACAAUACAUAUCCACAAAUGAGGAGUCUUCCUGGUUCACCAUUGAGUAAUAACAAUAUCCAUCUUCAAAUCAGGAGAAUGCAUGGCUCACCUGUCAGUUUCUCUUCUAUGCCUAGCACACCAGUAAAUACUCCAGGCUGCAGGACAUCAUUAAACAAUUAUGUUGACACUAACUCUCUUGGGAUACCUGCUGGGAAUGAUAGAAACAGACAAGUUCAUACUGCAACAAGGCAAGAAGAAGAGGACCAAACCAUCACACUCGAUGAGCUACAAGUUAUAUGCGCUGAAAUAAAUCGAAACACUUCGAAGAACAGCAAUACUGAAGUUUCCGCAUCGUACGAAGAUAGAAAUCUGUCAAGAAUUACGCGAACGGCUACGUCAUAACGGCAGAAAAAACAGAAGCAGAGAUUGCCUUCUUAAAUUAACGCGACGAGAAAGACACAGCUUAAAUAAAAUUCCGAGAAUAUGCUCAAAGCAGAAGAAAACAGUUCUUGUUAUAUUUAAAAACAUAGAAUUAUAUGCAAAAAUUUAAACAUAGAAAAAUGGCUGGCCCAUUUCUUUUUUCAUUUUAUUUCUUGUGUAAAUAUAAAAAAGUUAACUUAUACAUAAAUUUA